AUGUCCCUCCAAGCCAUUCCCGAACAUCAUCCAGAUCCCCCAUCCGGUCCUGGUGUUUUCACACUAGAGCAGAUACGAUGCCUUGAAGAGGCUGCAAUCCUCCUUCCCGAGCCUCAGCUGAAUGCAUCCACAAACGCCAGUGGUAAAAGAAAAGUUUCCGCUGCAUUCAGUGCACCAAGAUCUGUGUCAAGCUCAUCCACCUCGUCGUCUUCUGCGUCUGUUGCCACCCAUGGUUUCCAGCCCAAUGUCAUCCGAACCUUCGACAUCCCAAUGGCAGAAGAAAGUGUCGAGGUGCUUGAGUAUAUUGGGUUCGUACCGGAUGUUGCCAGACUGAUCUAUGACCGAUAUUGCGGCCGCCCAAGUCCAAGCCAAAAUCCUGAUGACCUAAUGGCAUAUGUCACUGCACAUCUCGCCUCUCUUAGCCGACGACAAUACGAUAACAUGAGCCAUCAGGAGGCGCUCGCUGAUGUUGGUCUUACUCGCCAAAUUCAAGGAGCAAUCACGGACCCGAGAUUCUCACACAUCUUCGGUACCCAGACCCUCACUUACUGGGCACAAGAGACUGUUGAAACCAACUAUGCCGCUCUUCUUCGUCAACAGCAACUGCUACAAAGUUAUGCAAACAAGCGCAUAGCUCAUAAAAAGAAACAUAAGCGGCCCAGGCAUAAGCCGAGCCGAGAAGACCAAGACCCAUCUAAGCAGCAACCCGUGACCGCAACGAUCAAUAUGACACCCCAAGAUUUCCAGUUCCCAGACACAUAUGUGAUGGUUCAGCCUAAUGCUAAUAUCCUCGCCGAUCACAUUUCUUUAUAUAAGGGCAAGGCAUAUGAUGAAUUACGGCUAGCGGGUGAUAUCAUUAAGAGUGAUGGAACAGUUAACCUAAGACCACUUAGUAUAUACCCCGGCGGAGACUUCAAUUUCGAUUUUAAUGCGCAAUCCUGGACCCCCGAAAUUGAAACGGCUGAAGAGUACCGCAAAUUUGCAGAAAGGAGAAGCCCUACAGUCGAUACCUGCAUUAUUCACAUUCAGGUUCCGCGACCAUUCAUCAACAGCCUCCGAAUGGAGAAUCUAUGGUAUUCUCCCAACUGGAAAGAGUACAUCUGGACCUGCAGGAGACAGGCUACCCCUCACCCGAAAUUCGACCACCUCUGGCGACCUGGGCAAGCUGAUAUUGUCAGGGGCCCCAUCUGUUCUACCCUCAGCACACAGCUAGUCCGCAUCCGCAGAGAAAACAUCCAAAGUCAUAUCACUGAGGACAACGUGAUGCGAUUGCAGUCUGGGAGAAAGGCCACUCAGUGGGUAUUCGUUCAACGCGAUGUGAUUGAUCGGUUAGCAGAACACAUUCGAGGGAAGAUGCAUUUCAUCAUUUUCGAAGCCGCAGUUCGUUUCUCAUGA